ACUCGAAGACGCGCUCGCACUUGUUCUUCUUCCUCUUCUUCUUCGUCUUGUUUUUCUUCUUUAGUCAGAUGUUAUAGUAUGUGUGCGUGUGGUACAAGUGCGUGUUUCUUGUUUCUCGUUUCUUGUCUCAUGAAUCACUGACCACCUCACAAAACGUUCGUUGGUUCGACGUGCGCACGGAAUAAAUGUAACGCGAUCGCAUCAAAGACGCUCCACCAUGCGACGCGUGCUGCUCGUCGUCGUCGCUGUGUUUGCCUUCGCAUCGUUGGCGUCGGCGGCGAACAUUUUGGAUCUGAUUUACCGCGGCGCUACGGCUGAUAGCAAAUUGGAGAAGCAGUCUGAGGAGGUGGCCAAACCGGAGCAAAAACAGCAAGAUGUGCACCAGGAGGAAGCAACCGAGCAGGAACAACAUUCGGAGUCCUCAGAUGAGAAAACAUGCGAUUGCAACGGCUUGGAAUGCAUGUGCUGUGUUGACUUUAACAUGACUUUUAUUGAUCUUGGCAAAGGUUGUGUAAAGAUGAAAUACAUUUCUCAAACUGAGGGCGUCUUGCUGAAUGUGUCGUAUGGCGAUAAUCUAUUGCGAAGCGGGAUGUCCCGGGGGCCGCGACCGGGAUCCACGUGUGUUUCGAUGAUCGGCCAGCUAGCAGCAGUAUGUGCCCGGUUCACGUCCCUUCUGCCACACGAUGACGGAUUGAAGGGCUGCCUCAAACUAGAACCUAAACUACUCGGUGACGUGCAGACGCGGCUCAGCAUCGGCUGCUUUGCAAUGAACGCCGACGGUAUGCGGCUGGACGAUAGCCUCCAACAAGAGCUGGAGCAGGAACAAGAAGCAACGACGGUUGCGCCCACCGACGCCGUCACCAUUGCCAACACUAAUCAAACCAACAGCGUCGAGGAGAACGCGACUGGCAAUUUAAACGAGGACGAGAUACUGGCCGCGGUUAACGAGUCUGCACAAAAGGGCUUGGCAUUCUUUCAAAACUGGCUGGGACUAGACUUUGGCGGCGGUGCAAACUCUGCAAGCGCAGGGAAUGGCACACAGCAGGACGAGACGCCGGAGGAUGAGAGCGGCACCGAAACAGCCGCCGCCAAACAAGCAGUUGACGCAAACGACGAGACAACCGAGACUCCCACCCAAAAAGUCGCCAGUUCUUCGUCAACGUGAGAGAUAAAAGAGUCAUGAAAGGUGCUUGUAAACAGGGUACAAGUGAAAAUUUCACACUAUCAAUUGUUAAUUUAGUUUGUAGCAGUAUUAUUUAUUUUAACACGUAACUAAUUGUUAGAAACACAUGUUUGGCUUAGACGGAAUUAAAAUUAUAAUACGUCAAUUAAAGAACUGAACCGAAAUAAAUUAUUCCAUAAAAAAAACUAAA